GCGGCGGAUUCAUCGGCAGCGCCAAAGCGGGGGAGAGUCGCCUCGGGAACGGAGGGACGAACUCCAAGCAUAGAAAGGGAAGAUUCGGAAAGCUAUCGAUCGGGAAGUAGAGAGAGGGAGAGUGGUAGUAGACGAGUAAGCAGAUCUCAGGGAAGAAGAUCGGAGAUAAACCCUAAUAACCCUAAUUCAUGCACCGGCAGUGGCAGUUCUGUAAAUUCGAGUAACAACAAUAGACCUGCCAAGGUCGUUUCGGUUCCUGCUACGGAUAAAGCUUUGUGGGUUAUGGAGAAGAGCAAUAACAACGUAGAUGCGUCUAUCAAACGGAUUACUGUCAAGAGAAACGUGGAGUCUCCGAGGUCACAGUCGCCGGCGAGAGCGGCAUCUCUUAGAGCUCGUCUCCGGUAAGAGCGGCGGUUAACACAAGCAGCACGCUCAGCCUUCCCCGUCGAAGCUCAUGAGGAAAAUGGAACAUUGUCCGUACAGGAGGAACCCAUUGGGGGAGAUUGAUCCAAACACUUUGGCGUACCCACAACCUCAUGGUAACACUAACUGCAACAAGAAGAUGAUGAACAGAGACAAUGAAUAUGUCAAUCUCAAG